UUAGCAAAAGCCCCUAGUUGCUCUUGAAGAUGCUGCGCCAGCUGCUCGGUCUGGGAAUUCUUUUGGCUUUCCUGGUGGGAUUUAGCCAGGGCGAGUGCAAUGCCUGCUCGGUGGAGAGCAAUGCAGCCUGCGUGUCCACAAAUCAAUACCAAAACUGCACGGACAAUAUUCCGACGGGGCCCAUCUACACUUGUCCAAACAACACCAACUGCACUGGAUCGGCGGAGCGGUGCACUUCUAAUGAGACACUAUUCUCCUGCAAUGAUUGCAAUAAGUGUGAUGGCAUGCAGAAUUUUACCUGUACAGGUCCCAGCACUUUUUCGCGUUGUGAUGGCUUGAGUGUAGUAAGCGUUGAGUACUCGUGUUCAUCAGGACAGGUGUGUAAUAUCAACAACAAGAACUACUGUGCACCACCGAUAAAUGGAACAGGCGCCACCUGUUCGUUUUACAACAGUACAACCGUAAUAGUAGAUUUUUGCAAACAAACCUCCACGGGUCGCUUUCCAUAUCCCAAUGAUUCCAGUUGCCUUAGAUAUAUUUAUUGCUUUAGUAAAGGAUCCACAUGGAUUGGAAAUACCUGGAAAUGUCCUUCAACUAAACCGUAUUUUAGUACAAUCUCUUUAAAUUGUGUUACCAAUAAACCUUCGACUUGUGUGUAAAUUU